AUGUCUUCUCCAUCUCACUCUCAGCCCAGUAGUCCUUCCCGAGUCUCAUCUCCUCCUCCUCCUCCUCCCAGCAGUUCUCCCAGCCCCCCAAGUCCAUCAAAUAGCCCUCCAUCUUCUCCUCUGUCCAGUGGACGUGCUACCACUCCUGAAAUGUCUCUUUUUUAUUCUAGCUCCAAGUCAGGGAGCUCUCCUAACACUAUGAAUUCUGACUUAUGUACUUCACCGCUAAGCACAAGGUCAGAAAGGACACCUGGGAGUCCUGCCAAAGAGACGGAUAGCAUAUUUUUUGAUCCGUCUAGGCCUCUGAACCCUGAACGUGCUGCUCGACGGCGGUUCAUACAAGACAGAAUGAAGAGGAAGCAGCAUCCAUAUUCUGUAUAUUCAGCUCCAAUCGAGGUUCGUUAUGCAGCUCGUGUCAUGGGACGCGACCGCGAUCCAUAUGUAUCAUUCGAAACACUUCUCCAGCACUUUGGACUUUUAGAAAAUGGCCUCGCGCAACUACGUUCCUCGACCUUAUACAAAGGGUACAAAGCCAAGCUUGCUGCUCGUGAGACUGCCCGCCAGCGCCUGGUGGUGACCGCGUGGGAAAUUGAGGAGUCAGAGUGCUUCACUGCAUUCCUUGAUGCCCUGCAUAAUGAGAACAAAGAACGACUUGGAUUUGCAGACAGGGAGUUGCAGAGUUUUAGGAGCAUUUUUUCUGACCGUGGCUGCAAGGAGGUUGAGGACGAUAAAGAUUAUCUUCAAGCCAUCUAUGAAGAUGAAUGCGAAGUCCUUCAUGUUACCUCAGCCCAAGCUGAACAGAUUUCAAAGAUCUUGGGUUCACGAACCAAAGAUGCGUUUUUGCAAUCCGGACCUACGGACUCGCGAUCCCGGCUCCCUAGCCUUGAGAUCCACAACAGCGAUGAUGAUGAGAUCGUUCUGGAUGAUUCUUCGGACUCAGAUUCCGAUGAAGAAGAGUGUCUCGGGGCACCAGUGGGGGGCGAGGCGCCCCAUGAUGCGAACUAG